UAUAUAUAUAUAUAAAACGAACUGCUGUUCUGUCUGCACUCCAUUAUUCUGCUACUACAAUGGCCAAGAAGCCGGUCAAAUGCUAUCUGGUGGAUGUGUUCACAGACUCGCCAUUCAAAGGAAACCCAGCUCUGGUUUGUGUGUUAGACGAGGAAGAAGAGAGGGACAGUGAAUGGAUGAAAUCUAUUGCUCGCGAGUUCAAUGUUCCUAUGACUUGUUUCCUCGCUAGAAUCGACGAGCCCGACACUGCUGUCGUGAAUCCCAGGUUCCACCUUCGCUGGUUCACUCCCCUCGCUCUUGAGGUGGAGCUAUGCGGGCACGCCACUCUAGCGGCUGCGCAUCAUCUCUUCGCAAAUGGUUUGGUGAGAACUGAGACGGUGGAGUUCUCCACACUAUCUGGGGUUUUGACUGCCAGAAAGCUACCCGACGAAGCUGCAGCCGACGAUAACACCUUCUAUGUCGAGCUAGACUUUCCGAUCAUCCCCAUUUCUGAUAUGAACUGCGCCGGCGACGACAUUCCGGCCGCAGUUGCUAAAUGCUUGAACGUGGCGGCGGCGUCUGUGGUGGAGAUCAGCAGGACGGCCAAGGGCGAUCUCUUUGUUGUUCUCCCCUCUGCGGAUGCAGUUGUGGCUGCAGAUCCUGACAUGGAUGAGAUCAAGAAACUUUCAGGGAAAGGAAUGAUUUUAACAGGAUCUGCUCCUUCUCAAUCCGGAUUCAAUUUCUUCAGCCGCGUUUUCUGGCCAAAAAUGGGAGUUCCAGAGGAUCCAGUUUGCGGGAGUGCACAUUGUGCGUUGGCUCAUUAUUGGAACAAGAAACUAGGAAAAUGUGAUCUUGUUGCUUAUGCAGCAUCUGCAAGAGGUGGGGUGUUAAAGCUGCAUGUAGAUGAAGAUAAGCAAAGAGUGCUUAUAAGAGGGAAGGCUAUUGCUGUGAUGGAAGGUUUGGUUUUGGUUUAGUAUGGAUCCAGGAUGUAUGUGCUACUCCUACUUGACAAGUAGGGAGCAAAACUUGUCAUUGAUGUAUUUUUAGUUAUCUGUUUUUUUUUUUUUUUUAAUAAAUAAAAUGGAGGGGGAAACCUCAACAAUCAAGUG